AUGGCUGAGUGUCACUCUACAGAGACUCCCAUUGACACUCAUGCCAAGCUUUUGGCACACGACGGCACCAAGCUCCAGGACUCCUCUGAGUAUUGGAGUCUUGCUGAGGCCCUACAAUACCUCACUCUGACUCGACCUAACCUGGCGUAUGCAGUUCAGCAGGUGUGCCUCUUCAUGCAUGACCCGUGCGAGCCCCACAUGGUCUUGAACAAGCGCAUCCUGUGCUAUGUGAAGGGCACACUCUCCUCUGGGCUUCACAUCGGCACCGGCCUUGUUCAGUCUCUGACAGCCUACUCCUACACCGACUGGGCUGGCUGCCCGGACUCUAGACGCUCCACAUCCAGCUUCUGCAUCUACCUCAGUGACAAUCUGGUGUCUUGGUCCUCCAAGUGCCAGACCACGGUGUCUCGUUCCAGUGCUGAGCGGACCAACCCGGUGCAUCAUCAACGCAUGAAGCACAUCGAGAUUGAUAUUCACUUUGUCCGUGAGAAGGUAGCCUUGGGUGAGGUCCGGGUCCUCCAUGUGCCAUCCUCUCACCAGUUCGCGGACAUCAUGACGAAAGGCCUGCCAAGUCCUUUGUUUACUGAGUUUAGGUCCAGUCCGUGA